UGCAAGUUAACUUUACUUCCUUGUACACAAAGAAUUGAGGAACUGACCAUUUCGCGGCUGGGUUAGGACUGUUUGAAAGACUGUAGAAUUUUUAUUUUCUCAAGCGUUAAAAGCAUGAAUUAAUUUAUACAAGAGGCUACUUUACAGCUAUAACAUUGGUUGUUUCAUUUAUUGGGUAAGUCUUUAACCUUCUCCGUUUUUUUGUGGGUGUGGAAAUGUACAGCAAAGUGAGAGCAGUGUGACAACGGGGAAAUCCGCUUUUAGUUUCAAGUGGAGCGUUGAAGGUGAUGGAUUUUCAUCGCCCGUAAUGGUCUCUGUCAGGGGUCUUGUGGGGUGUGAUUGUGUGAACCUUCCUAAUAUAAGACGGAACACCUGCUGCGCUUCCAAAUGUCGAUCUAAUUUUCCCUAAUCUAUUAAAAUAUGAAUUUCCAAGGAACCCGUUAUGUCAUACACCCGAAAUUCAUCUUAACACUUGGAGUAAUUGUCCAGCAAGCUGCAUCUACUUUCAUGAUAAUUCAAUUGUGGAUAGCAAACACCAAAAAAGUGGGGAUUUUAAUCAAUGAUGUGCCUAAUGUAAUCAGGGUUACAAUUUACAUCAUAUUUUGACAUACCUGUAUUGUAUUGUCUCUCAUAUGGUACAUCAAGACAUGGGGAGUGCCACGGUGUUGAUUGGUAUCACAUUUGGUCUAAACUACACUUGAUACCUCUUUUACAGAAGGAAGUAGUGAACCAUCAGUUAUGCUUAUGGUUUAUGUGUGUGUUGUUGGCUAUGUUCUUGUGGUGUAUCAGGAAACUACUUUGUGUAAAUGUUGUGGAUAGCCCUUUAAGGGGACAGCAACCGUUGAGAGCAAAGGUUUCCUCAGGAAAGAUAUUGAAAUAGUUCUGGGUUAAUACUUCACUUCUCUCUCUGGGUCCAUCCAUCCACUGCGCCUGCUGCUCAUUUGCAAUGUAAAUAAUGAGUGCUACAUGGAAUCAGGUCUGACACACUCAUAUAAUAUUACCCCUCAGUAUUCCGGCACAAAGUUUGCUUCCAUUUGUACACACACCAUACCAUAUACCAUAAAGCCUAAAAACGUAGAGGUGCAAAUAACUUUCCCUCCCUCACACUAAGAGACUGCCAGUUAACAGAAAAAACGAAAAAGGUUGGUUGUUAAAUGUUGUGGUUUGGAAAGUAGAACACAUAGCUGCUAGAGCUGUUGCUCUUGGUUGAAAUGUACAGUGCAUUCGGAAAGUAUUCAGACCCCUUCCCUUUUUACCACAUUUUGUUACCUUACAGCCUUAUUCUAAAUGGAUUAAAUUAAAAAUGUUCCUCAUCAAUCUACACACAAUACCCCAUAAUGACAAAGCGAAAACAGGUUUUUAUACAUUUUUGCAAAUAUAUUACAAAUAAAAAACAGAAAUACCUUAUUUACAUAAGUAUUCAGACCCUUUGCUAUGAGACUCGAAAUUGAGCUCAGGUGCAUCCUGUUUCCAUUGCUCAUCCUUGAAAUGUUUCUACAACUUGAUUGGAGUCCAUCUGUGGUACAUUCAAUUGAUUGGACAUGAUUUGGAAAGGCACACACCUGUCUAUAUAAGGUCCCACAGUUGACAGUGCAUGUCAGAGCAAAAACCAAGCCAUGAGGUCGAAGGAAUUGUCCGUAGAGCUCCGAGACAGGAUUGUGUCGAAGCACCGAUCUGGGGAAGGGUACCAAAACAUUUCUGCAGCAUUGAAAGUCCCCAAGAACACAGUGGCCUCCAUCAUUAUUAAAUGGAGAAGUUUGGAACCACCAAGACUCUUCCUAGAGCUGGCUGAUCCGGCCAAACGGAGCAAUCGGGGGAAAAGGGCCUUGGUCAAGGAGGUGACCAAUAACCCGAUGGUCACUCUGACAGAGAUCCUGAGUUCCUCUGUGGAGAUGGGAGAAACUUCCAGAAGGACAAUAAUAAUAAUAAUAUGCCAUUUAGCAGACGCUUUUAUCCAAAGCGACUUACAGUCAUGUGUGCAUACAUUUUUACGUAUGGGUGGUCCCGGGGAUUGAACCCACUACCCUGGCGUUACAAGCGCCAUGCUCUAACAAUUGAGCUACAGAGGACCACAACCAUCUCUGCAGCACCAUAACCCGAACCCAAUCAGGCCUUUAUGGUAGAGCGGCCAGCCACAGAGUUUGCCAAAAGGCACCUAAAGGACUCUCAGACCAUGAGAAACAAGAUUCUCUGGUCUGAUGAAACAAAGAUUGAACUCUUUGGCCUGAAUGCCAAGCGUCACGUCUGGAGGAAACCUGGCACAAUCCCUACAGUGAAGCAUGGUGGUGGCAGCAUCAUGCUGUGGGGAUGUUUUUCAGCGGCAGGGACUGGGAGACUAGUCAGGAUUGAGGGAAACAUGAGCAAAGUACAGAGAGAUCUUUGAUGAAAACCUGCUCCAGAGCGCUCAGGACCUCAGACUGGGGCGAAGGUUCACCUUCCAACAGGACAACGAUCCUAAGCACACAGCCAAGACAACGCAGGAGUAGCUUCGGGACAAGUCUCUGAAUGUCCUUGAGUGGCGAGAGAUCUGAAAAUAGCUGUGCAGCGACGCUCCCCAUCCAACCUGACAGAGCUUGAGAGCAUCUGCAGAGAAGAAUGGGAGAAACUCCCCAAAUACAGGUGUGCCAAGUUUGUAACAUCAAACCCAAGAUGACACGAGGUUGUAAUCACUGCCAAAGGUGCUUCAACAAAGUACUGAGUAAAGGGUCUGAAUAUUUAUAUGUACAUUUGAUAUUUCAGUUUUUUAUUUUGCCAGGCAAUUUAUAAACUUGAUCUCCGUUAUAAAAAGCAUCUAGACAUUAUCUCCCAUUUCCUUUAGACUAGCAUUUGGUUUUCAACCGCGGAUAUUUGUAUAAACCUUGCUGUCUGUCUCUCCGACAUUUGCAACAUUGUUUCAAUAUUGAAAUUCGAUCUCCAACUGUCCCAUAGUAAUGAAUGUGUCUGGACGAGACAGACAGGCAGACAGCUUUUCUCAGCCAGUCGAAAUCAUGAAUCAGCUGGCAUCAUUUUUAUGGAUAUAUACAAAGAAAUGUCAAUAGAAAACAGGUAAAACUAAACGAAAUGCAGAUAGUUUGCAGUCUUUCCAUCUUCAGUUUGAAGUGAUUGUGUUAGCUGUGUUGUUAGCUAGCUCCUCUGAACAACAGUGUCCUGACGAGAGAGCACAUUUUUAAUGCCAGGCGAGAUCGCGCAUCAUUAGCUCAAUGUCCAUGAUAAUGACGUUGAUGCGUGAUUUCGACUGGCUCAGAAAAAGUUGUCUUGUCUGGACACAGUUCACUUUAGGUAUGGUACUACGACAGAGAUUGAAAUUCAAAAGUGAAACUUUGUUUCCGAGGUCGGACAGGCAGACAGCGAGGUUUAUAUUAACCCCCGCUGUACCAAAGUAAAUGAAAGGCAGGAAGCAAGGGGAAAUUAUAUGCGAGUUGAGAUAAAUAUAAGAGAUGAUUCGGACACCAACAUGAACGUGAUAUUCUUAUGGAGGCGCAGUGAUCAUUUUCAGAUGGAACUGUUAGCAGGCAUUAAUGUGUCUGUGACCGCCAAUACAGCGUAGCUUUGAACGCUGCUCGUCCAAUCAGCAUCCAGGAUCCAAACAACCAGUUUUAUAAUUGAAAAUAUAUAUAUUUUGAGGUUAUAAAUAAGCUAAUAUACAAUGCAAUGUAGAGUUGUUACAAGUUACAGAUCUGUUAUCAAGCAAAUAAAAUAUUUUUCCCCCCCCAUGUUAUAAACAUAGAUAUGACGCCUAACAAGUAAUCAAUGCAAAUGAACAGAAUAUACUGCCACUGUACACUAUGCACCUCCUGAAAUAUUUAAAAUGGUCAAAUAAAAACAUGCUUUAUGACUGUACUGGCCUGUAGUUGCUUCCUCGUCCUCUGUUUGACAUGAUGAAACCAUGAAUCGUGAAACAGCUUCAUGGAGAGGCUAUAAGGUAGGUGUUUAAUGAUUCACUGAACAAAACCGUGGACAUAGUGAACCAUUGCAUCCCUACUAUAAGUAGAGUAUGGGCUCAUUCCACAGGGCCAGAAAUGGCGGGGCUGGGGCGAAACCAGCAGGGAGAGCUGACGGAGUACAGGAAGAGUCUAGUCAAGAGGGACCUGGAGAUGGGUAUCGUCAUGACCGUGUUCCGCCAGAAGGUAGAGCGCCUUACUGUGCAGGUCAUCAUGGAGACCAGGCAGGUGGCCUGGACCCGAACAGCAGACAAGAAUGAUGGUGUCUGUGAGUAACCCUGAAUCUUUACCCUAAGUCUAACUCGAAUCCCAACCCUAACCCUAAAACAUGAUGAGCAAUGAGAAGAGAGGGACUGUGAGUACAUUAAGAGAUGUGGUGUGUGGAUAGGGAUGUGUGUGAGGGAGAGGGAGAGUAUGUGAGAGAGUGAGUAACAAUGAUGAGUACGGUUUCAGUGGACCUGUCUGAGAUACGGGAGAUUCGCCCAGGGAGGAACUCAAAGGACUUUGAGAGGUUCAGAGAUGGCAAGGACAAACAUGAUGAGAAUACCUGCUUCACCAUCUUCUAUGGGUCCCAAUUUGUUCUUAACACCAUAAGCCUUGGCGGUAAGUGUGUGUGUGAGGGUGCAGAGUAUGUCAGAUUUUCUGUGUUUAUUUGAUGCCAUACAACAUAAUUUUGUUGAUGAUAGCCUAUUGAUUGAAUAUGGAUAGUUUGUUGUAGGUUAUAUUGGAUAAUCAAGCUUGUAACAGUAAUAGUCUGUGUUGAUUGACAGCUGACACUGUGGAUGACGCAGAGAAAUGGCUGACAGGCCUGGAGUUACUUAGACAGGAGACACUGGUGGCCCCCACACCAGACAUCAUAGAGAGGUGAACACACACACACAUACACACACGUGAAAAGACCACAAACACAAACCUAAACCCAUAUACUGUACACACCCAUUAUAUGGACGAUAACUGACAAUUACUGACCAUAUUGUUUGUUGUUUCCAGCUGGUUGAGGAAACAGAUGUAUUCUAUCAAUCAGACUAAAAAGAACAGGUAAGAACAGUUUCAACCCUCAAAAAUGGAUUUAAUCCUCUACUUAAUUAUACCACUUUUUAUGCCAAUUCCCAUUCUGCCCCUUUAAUAAUUUCCCCAAUUCAAUCCAUUGUUCUUUUCAUUUGUUCUCCUCAGAAUCACCUUGAAGGAGGUGAAGUCUCUUCUGCCACAGCUCAACUACAAGGUCCCCGGCACACGUUCCCUAAAGGAAAAGUUCUCGGUACCCAUCCCCUUUUCAUCCCUCUUCACACCCUCAUCCUAUAAUAAUAAUAAUAAAUAAUAAUAUGCCAUUUAGCAGACGCUUUUAUCCAAAGCGACUUACAGUCGUGCGUGCAUACAUUUUUGUGUAUGGGUGGUCCCGGGGAUCGAACCCACUACCUUGGCGUUACAAGCGCCGUGCUCUACCAGCUGAGCUACAGAGGACCACACUGCUGCCAAAGCUUUAAUGAGUUGUAGAACCAAGGAGCUGAAGUUUCCCUCCCUCCUUGGCCAGUUAAAACCUUGGGCAGUAUAAUUAAUUAUAUUCAUUAGUUAUUUUAGAUGAUAAUAAGUGAUCUUGGGCACUCAAGGGAUCUCUCAAUUGUAAUAGAAUUGAAGUAUGUAUGUAAUAAAAUAAAUUGUAGUAUUCUGAACCAAACAUUGUCCAUCUCCCUCUUUUAUUCCAGGAAAUUGGAGCCAGGAAAGAUGUCCUGGACUUUGAGCAGUUUCAUAAAUUCUACAAUAUUCUAAUGUUUGAUCAGAAAGAUGUGAGUCAGAAUAUUACUGCACUACUUCACUCUCUAAGUAGAAAAACCUGAACAGAUACCAUAAAUUACUGACAGUUUCACUUCUCUUACAGUAUGUGUUGAUAUGUGUGUUCACAUCGGAAGUGUUAGCUAGCAUAUCACAUUUUGCAUGUUUAAUAUGAUUAGACAUACAGUGGGGAAAAAAGUAUUUAGUCAGCCACCAAUUGCGCAAGUUCUCCCACUUAAAAAGAUGAGAGAGGCCUGUAAUUUUCAUUAUAGGUACACGUCAACUAUGACAGACAAAAUGAGAAAAAAAUCCAGAAAAUCACAUUGUAGGAUUUUUAAUGAAUUUAUUUGCAAAUUAUGGUGGAAAAUAAGUAUUUGGUCAAUAACAAAAGUUUCUCAAUACUUUGUUAUAUACCCUUUGUUGGCAAUGACACAGGUCAAACGUUUUCUGUAAGUCUUCACAAGGUUUUCACACACUGUUGCUGGUAUUUUGGCCCAUUCCUCCAUGCAGAUCUCCUCUAGAGCAGUGAUGUUUUGGGGCUGUCGCUGGGCAACACAGAAUUUCAACUCCCUCCAAAGAUUUUCUAUGGGGUUGAGAUCUGGAGACUGGCUAGGCCACUCCAGGACCUUGAAAUGCUUCUUAUGAAGCCACUCCUUCGUUGCCCGGGCGGUGUGUUUGGGAUCAUUGUCAUGCUGAAAGACCCAGCCACGUUUCAUCUUCAAUGCCCUUGCUGAUGGAAGGAGGUUUUCACUCAAAAUCUCACGAUACAUGGCCCCAUUCAUUCUUUCCUUUACACGGAUCAGUCGUCACCGUUCUUGUGAUCAUUUUGACCCCACGGGGUGAGAUCUUGCGUGGAGCCCCAGAUCGAGGGAGAUUAUCAGUGGUCUUGUAUGUCUUCCAUUUCCUAAUAAUUGCUCCCACAAUUGAGUUCUUCAAACCAAGCUGCUUACCUAUUGCAGAUUCAGUCUUCCCAGCCUGGUGCAGGUCUACAAUUUUGUUUCUGGUGUCCUUUGACAGCUCUUUGGUCGUGAUUUUCUGGAUUUUUUUUCCUCAAUUUGUCUGUCAUAGUUGACGUGUACCUAUGAUGAAAAUUACAGGCCUCUCUCAUCUUUUUAAAUGGGAGAACUUGCACAAUUGGUGGCUGACUAAAUACUUUUUUUCCCCACUGUACUUUGUGCCGUCAACCAGUGUGUGUGUGUGUGUGACUGUGUAUUGACUUGUAACUUGUGUGUGGAUAUGUUUCAUCAGAUUCUCGAGGAGUUUAAAAGGGAGUCAUGUGCUUUCAUCAUGGGGUGGGUCUUUCUCUUUCAUUGAAAGAUGUAGUUCUACAAUCACAAUUAAUAAUUUACUCAGCUUUAUUAUACCGGUAAACUUGAGUCUUGUUGACAGUAUGUUGGUGUGUUGUGGUUUUUCCCUACUGUAGUAGUACAGAUAAACCUGAUGCCUCUGCAGUUCUUCUCCAUGAUUUCCAACGGUUCCUUCUGUACCAGCAGAAGGUAAGAUCAAGCUAUCUAUCAAUAAUCAAAUUGGUAAAACUGGGUCUGUUUCCUUCAGUGUUUAACCUGUUACCUUUUAUCAUUACCUUUAUUUAAAAAUGUUCCCUCUAUUUUCCUCACUCUCUACGUUUCUCUUUCUCAGGAGUCGUGGGCCAAUGACCUGAACCAGGUCAGAGAGCUGAUGACCACCUUUAUAGACGACACCAUGAGGAAGACCAAUGAUCCAGAGUUCACCGUCAGCGAGGUGGGACACAGUGUUUGAUGUGUGUGUGUAUGGGGAGUGGAGAAUGAUGUGUUAUGUUUGUCACAGCACUCUCUCUCUCUUCUCUCACUUUAGUUCCUCAGUUUCCUCUUCUCUAAGGAGAACUCGAUUUGGGAUGAGAAAUACUCAGAGAUGUGCAACCUGGAUAUGAACAACCCGCUGUCCCACUACUGGAUCAAUUCCUCACACAACACGUCAGUACCGCCACAUAACACAAAAAUACAACACAACACUAUGAAAUUAACACUACUUAACUUUUUUUGAAUCAGUGUUUCACACCAAGUGUAAGUACAGUUGUCAGCACAGUAAAGAAUUUCAGCAAUACUGUAAACCUGUGUAAUGAAUAGGCUCAGGGCCGCUGGAAAAAGUGUGGCGAGGCUGCAUUUGCCACAGCACUUUUCAUCAGGUGUGGCUGUGCCACACCACUUCUGAUUUAGUUUAAUAAAAUAUAUCUAUGCAAAGCGUUUAAAAAAGGGGCAAAGUGCUGCUUUUUAGACCGAUUUGCCUCAUGAUUUGUCAACUUGCUCACAAUUUCUCUGUCCUUCAAAUCAGAGUGCUGCUGCAGGCUCUUUGCGUGUCUUGACCAAUCAGAUUCGCGGAAAUCGCAGCUCGCGCGGGCAGGGCGCAACGCACAAAGCUCUAAGUGGGAUCUCCAAUUUCCUCCAGUAUUUAUUAAGCAACCGUGAUAACACAUCACUCCCAACAGACACGAGCAAAAUCUAAAUGCAGCAGCCUAUAGACCUAAACAUUAGCGAUAUGACUUGCUGUAUUGCAUGGAAACUAUACUAUUUUACAGUCUGAUCAACUGUAAGCUACUAACAACAGCAGCUGUAUAGUCUAGCCUAUGUGCCCUGUCCCUCUGGCCAGGGUAAACCAAGAGGUAACGUUGUGUAUUUAUAGCCCAUUUGUUUGUGACAAAAUUUGAAUGAGAUAAAAUGUGGUUUAUAUUAAAACCUGGGCUGAGUAGGCUACCUAUACUUUUUCAAUCCAAAACAGGAAUUAAUCAAUAGGUCUAAACACAAUAGCUGACAUAGACUAUGAGUACAUUUUUAAUUAGGCCUACAGUUGCAUAGGGCAUGACUACACGAUGCAGACCUGCAUAAAGCAAGCUCAGCCCUGUGAGUUUUAUUGUCCAAUCAUGUUGGUUUCUCUGUGUUUGUGUGUAGGAAACGCCCCUAGUCCUUAAAAUAUAAUUAAUAUUAACAAUUACAAGGUUGAGGCAAUUUAACAGGGUUUUAAUCCUCACCAAGACCAGGAGUUUUUCCAUGAGUUUUUAAAAACCAUGUGACAUGAUUAGAAAAACUAUUUUCCUAUCAUAGCCCAUAUUAAACCUUUUUACAACAGAUUAAUCAUGUCAUACCGUAUAAGGUCUGGAGUUUUACCUGGUUAGUUUACCAGAUCAGAAAAAACUACAGACCCCAGAAUUAUUUUUUCACCACACCACUGGACCUGUGGUGCCACUCUGAAUAGGCUAUGACUGAUAUUAGAAUAAACACACAAAUGCUGUUUGUGAUUUGUUUGCAUGUUUUAUUUCUUGUUAAGAUGUUGUUUUGUGUUUCCAUCAGGUACUUGACUGGAGACCAGCUGCGGAGCGAGUCGUCCACCGAGGCCUACGUUCGCUGUCUGCGUCUGGGAUGCCGCUGUAUUGAGUGUUAGUUGUACAGCUUAAACCUCACUAAAAUAGUCCCUGCCAUAUUUUACUUUGCCCUCAUUACAUUAUCAAUUUACUUCUAUAGUUGUAAAGGAUUAUUUUGUGUUGUGCGGCACUAUAGUGGACUGCUGGGAAGGGCCAGGUGAGCCCAUCAUAUACCAUGGCUGGACCAGGACUACCAAGAUCAAGUUUGAGGACGUGGUGAAGGCCAUCAAUGACCAUGCCUUCGUCACAUCUGAGUGAGUCUCAAUCUGUCUGAGAAAACUCACCCAAACUAAUAAACAUACCCACACCUGAGGUGCUUUACAACUGAGGACUGUAAAUGUUUCUAGAACAUUCUGCCUGUGUUGACUGAGCUUUGUGGUGAUGUUGUUGUCAGAUACCCUGUGAUUCUCUCCAUCGAAGAGCACUGUCCCAUAGAGCAGCAGAGGCAGAUGGCUCGUAUCUUCAGAGAGGUAUUCCAGGACAAGCUGCUGAUGGAGCCUGUGGAGCUGAUGGCUGAACAGCUGCCCUCCCCCACGCAGCUCAAGGGCAAGAUCAUCCUCAAGGUGAGGGCCAGCCCAGAGGGUACCAUGGGGGUUGUGGUGGGAGGGAAUAAUGUGAGGAAUUGAGUCAUAGGGCAAAACGAUUUACGAUGUAGUAUGUGGUACAGCGUGUUACAGUAAAGUGAUUCAUCAUCAUGAUAUGAUGGGCUAUACAGAUUACAUUCAGUUAUUACCUGCAUGGUGGGUCUGUGGUGGUCACUGUGCUGCUCCAACUCCUCUCCCCUACAGCACAAGAAACUGAUUGUGGAGGGAGGCAUCGGCGGAAAGGACCUCCGGAAGGGAGAGAAGCAAGGAGACCUGCAUAUCUGGGACCCAGUGGACCAGGUAACUUAGAGACCGCUUGUCCUGUUAACAUGAUAUGGUUCCAAGCUAGUUCCUUAGAAGUCUGUAGGCCUAUUUGGUUCAGGAAGUGUGUUGUAUAUGAAUGUAUUUGUUUCAUAGUCAUAGCAUUGUUAGUGUUGUUAGUGAAUAUGUUGUUGUGAUGGUUGCAAUUGUCGACUAUUCUGACAUUGUGCCUGUUUGUCCACCUGUAGCGAUGGAACAAGCACUACUGUGUGAUUUCAGAUGACACACUCUACUAUGCAGAGGAGGAGGAGGAGGAGGAGCUCAGGAAGGUAAACAACAGAGAAUAGUUCAAUUCUAAUUGUAGUAAACAAAUGAUCAUUGUCACUGUAUUUAAUAUUACAUAAUUAUGACUCAUUUGUAUCGUCCUCCUCUCCCUCCCGCCUUCCUACCUUCUUACCUUUCUUCCAAAACUCCCCCCUCCCUCCCUCCCUCCCUCUAUGCUGUAGUCCCCAGAGCUCCACACGUCUGAGCCCUGGUUCCAUGGGAGGAUGAGUGAGGGGAGGCAGACAGCAGAGAGGCUGCUUCAGGAGUUCUGUGCUGAGUCGGGAGGCAGGGAUGGCACCUUCCUGGUCCGAGAAAGCGACACCUUUGUGACAGACUUCACCCUCUCAUUCUGGUACGCCAGCUUGGCUGCAGCUCUACUGCCAUUAUGUGUGUCCUGUGUUUAAGACUCUGCUGUGCUGAUGUCUGUUUUCGGUGUGUUCUACUGUAGGCGCAGUGGGAGGGUCCAGCACUGUCGUAUCCGCUCUGGCUCAGAGGGAGGACACACCUUCUACUUCCUGACUGAUAACCUGCACUUCCCCAGUGUUUACGCACUGAUCCAGCACUAUCGCGACAUGCCCCUCCGCUGCCACGACUUUGACCUGCGCCUCACUGAGGCUGUGCCUCGGCCCAACCCACACCUACUGGAAGGGUGAGUUACACAGGGUCAUCUGACAUAGAGUAUGUCUAAAUUUAAACAUGCACACAGGUACACAAAAAUGCACACACUUACACAUAGAUUAUAUCUCUGUGUGUUGUGGUGGUCAGGUGGUUCUAUAGUAACCUGAGCAGAGGGGAGGCAGAGGACUAUCUGUUGAGAAUCCCCCGGGACGGAGCCUUCCUCAUCAGACAGAGAGAGGAGGGCGACUCCUACGCUAUCACCUUCAGAGGUGAUGGGAAGGUGAAGCACUGUCGGAUCCAGAAGGAUGGCUCUUUGUACGUGCUGGGAACCACCACUGAGUUCGAGAGCCUGGUGGAGCUGGUCAACUACUUCCGUAAGAAGCCUCUGUAUCGCAAGAUCAAACUACGCUACCCUGUCACACCGGAACUGGUCAGCCGCUUCAGCACGGUGAGAGAGGGGGACGGGGAGAGACUGGAGGCAGGAGAAACUAAGGGAAAAAGAGGAUGGGAGAGAGAUAUAAUGGGGAUGAGAGGGCAAAAGCGGGGCAGAGACUUGACUGCUGGGGGAGGAAAGGUUAAAUAGAGUAUGUUUUCUGAUAAGUGUUUUCAAUGGUUUGUCUGUGUAGGAGACAGACUGCGCCUCACUGUAUGAUAUUAACAUGUAUGUGGAGCCAAAUGAAAUCGAGCAGUCACUGGUAAGUUCACAUAUUAUGUUAACUUGUUUCCCUUCAUUGAAAUUAUGUUUAUAGAUUUUCUCAGGCAAUGUCAAUGUAGUGUGUGUAUCUAUAUUUGUAUGUGUAUUAAUGUAUGUACCUGUUGAUGUACUGUAUGUAUAACUCCACCAGCCGACGAGUACAGUUAAAGCUCUGUACGACUACAGACCCAUGAGAUCUGAUGAACUGAGCUUCUGCAAGGGGGCUCUGAUCCACAACGUGUCAAAAGAAAGCGAUGGAUGGUGAGGCCCCAGAACACAGACACACACACGCACGUACGCACACACCGAUCUGAUCUCAGGUCAGAUUAGGAACAUACUAACCUCUCUCUGCUGCUCCCUACAGGUGGAAAGGGGACUAUGGGGGAAAGCUGCAGCUAUUUUUCCCUGCCAACUAUGUUGAGGAAGUGUCCAACAAUAUCAAAGCUGAGUCACAAGAUCAGGUAGGAGGAGUGAUCAGUAUUUUGCAUGGUGUUACUGUAUUACUUGUGUGGGGUCAGUCUGUCAAUGACUUUAUGCAUUUAUGCUGUAUAUUUCUUGUGUGGUAAGAGUGCAUAUUUAGAGAUCUACAGUGUACACAUUUGUCUCACAGGUCAUGGAGGACAAUCCUCUGGGGGAUAUGUGUAAAGGAGUUGUUGACAUUUCCAAGUGUAACGUUGGUGAGUACAGUAAUUCUAUUACAUCUGUUUUACAUGCUGUCCAAACACAGAUCAUCUAUUAAUGAAACAUGCUAUCUUCACAUGAUAAACACACUACAUACCAAAACCCCCAGUCCUUCCACACAGCACAUGCUCAUUACACUGACUGCUCUUAAAACAUACCUCAUAUCAACAGUACACACAACUAUACACAAUUCCAAAUGGAUCGUUUUAGACCGCGACACCGUACACUGGCUAAAUAUACAAUUGACGGUACAUAACAUGUAGACACAGUCUAAUCCUGUACCCAAACACAACACUGUAUUAUAAGCUCAGCAAAAAAAGAAACAUCCCUUUUUCAGGACCCUGUCUUUCAAAGAUAAUUAGUAAAAAUCCAAAUAACUUCACAGAUCUUCAUUGUAAAGGGUUUAAACACUGUUUUCCAUGCAUGUUCAAUGAACCAUAAACAAUUAAUGAACAUGCACCUGUGGAACGGUCGUUAAGACACUAACAGCUUACAGAUGGUAGGCAGUUAAGGUCACAGUUAUGAAAACUUAGGACACUAAAGAGGCCUUUCUACUGACUCUGAAAAACACCAAAAGAAAGAUGCCCAGGGUCCCUGCUCAUCUGUGUGAACUUGCCUUAGGCAUGCUGCAAGGAGGCAUGAGGACUGCAGAUGUGGCCAGGGCAAUACAUUGCAAUGUCCGUACUGUGAGACGCCUAAGACAGUGCUACAGGGAGACAGGAUGGACAGCUGAUCGUCCUCGCAGUGGCAGACCACGUGUAACAACACCUGCACAGGAUCGGUACAUCCGAACAUCACACCUGCGGGACGGGUACAGGAUGGCAACAACAACUGCCCGAGUUACACCAGGAACGCACAAUCCCUCCAUCAGUGCUCAGACUGUCCGCAAUAGGCUGAGAGAGGCUGGACUGAGGGCUUGUAGGCCUGUUGUAAGGCAGGUCCUCACCAGACAUCACCGGCAACAACGUCACCUAUGGGCACAAACCCACCGUCGCUGGACCAGACAGGACUGGCAAAAAGUUAUCUUCACUGACGAGUCGCGGUUUUGUCUCACCAGGGGUGAUGGUCGGAUUCGCGUUUAUCGUUGAAGGAAUGAGCGUUACACCAAGGCCUGUACUCUGGAGCGGGAUCGAUUUGGAGGUGGAGGGUCCGUCAUGGUCUGGGGCGGUGUGUCACAGCAUCAUCGGACUGAGCUUGUUGUCAUUGCAGGUAAUCUCAACGCUGUGCGUUACAGGGAAGACAUCCUCCUCCCUCAUGUGGUACCCUUCCUGCAGGCUCAUCCUGACAUGACCCUCCAGCAUGACAAUGCCACCAGCCAUACUGCUCGUUCUGUGCGUGAUUUCCUGCAAGACAGGAAUGUCAGUGUUCUGCCAUGGCCAGUGAAGAGGCCGGAUCUCAAUCCCAUUGAGCACGUCUGGGAUCUGUUGGAUCGGAGGGUGAGGGCUAGGGCCCUUCCCCCCAGAAAUGUCCGGGAACUUGCAGGUGCCUUGGUGGAAGAGUGGGGUAACAUCUCACAGCAAGAACUGGCAAAUCUGGUGCAGUCCAUGAGGAGGAGAUGCACUGCAGUACUUAAUGCAGCUGGUGGCCACACCAGAUACUGACUGUUACUUUUGAUUUUGACCCCCCCCUUUGUUCAGGGACACAUUAUUCAAUUUCUGUUAGUCACAUGUCUGUGGAACUUGUUCAGUUUAUGUCUCAGUUGUUGAAUCUUGUUAUGUUCAUACAAAUAUUUGUUAAGUUUGCUGAAAAUACAGUGUCUUUUUUCCUAUUUUGUUGCCUUACAACCUGGAAUUAAAAUUGAUUUUUUGGGGAUUUGUAUCAUUUGAUUUACACAACAUGCAAAAUAUUUUUUCUUGUGAAACAAACAAGAAACAAGACAAAAAAAACAGAAAACUUGAGCGUGCAUAACUAUUCACCCCCCCAAAGUCAAUACUUUGUAGAGCCACCUUUUGCAGCAAUUACAGCUGCAAGUCUCUUGGGGUAUGUCUCUAUAAGCUUGGCACAUCUAGCCACUGGGAUUUCUGCCCAUUCUUCAAGGCAAAACUGCUCCAGCUCCUUCAAGUUGGAUGGGUUCCGCUGGUGUACAGCAAUUUUUAAGUCAUACCACAGAUUCUGAAUUGGAUUGAGCUCUGGGCGUUGACUAGGCCAUUCCAAGACAUUUAAAUGUUUCCCCUUAAACCACUAGAGUGUUGCUUUAGCAGUAUGCUUAGAGUCAUUGUCCUGCUGGAAGGUGAACCUCCGUCCCAGUCUCAAAUCUCUGGAAGACUGAAACAGGUUUCCCUAAAGAAUUUCCAAGUAUUUAGCGCCAUCCAUCAUUCCUUCAAUUCUGACCAGUUUCCCAGUCCCUGCCGAUGGUGUUCUCGGGGUGAUGAGAGGUGUUGGGUUUGCGCCAGACAUAGCGUUUUCCUUGAUGGCCAAAAAGCUCAAUUUAAGUCUCAUCUGACCAGAGUACGUUCUUCCAUAUGUUUGGGAAGUCUCCCACAUGGCUUUUGGCGAACACCAAACGUGUUUGCUUAUUUUUUUCUUUAAGCAAUGGCUUUUUUCUGCCCACUCUUCCGUAAAGCCCAGCUCUGUGGAGUGUACGGCUUACUCCAAUCUCCGCUGUGGAGCUUUGCAGCUCCUUCAGGGUUAUCUUUGGUCUCUUUGUUGCCUCUCUGAUUAAUACCCUAAUUGCCUGGUCCGUGAGUUUUGGUGGGCGGCCCUCUCUUGGCAGGUUUGAUGUGGUGCCAUAUUUAAUGGUGCUCCGUGGGAUGUUCAAAGUGUUGGAUAUUUUUUUAUAACCCAACCCUGAUCUGUACUUCUCCACAACUUUGUCCCUGACCUGUUUUGCAAGCUCCUUGGUCUUCAUGGUGCUGCUUGCUUGGUGGUGCCCGUUGCUUAGUGGUGUUGCAGACUCUGUGGCCUUUCAGAACAGGUGUAUAUAUACUGAGAUCAUGUGACAGAUCAUGUGACACUUAAAUAAAGUCCACCUGUGUGCAAUCUAACUAAUUAUGUGACUUCUGAAGGUAAUUGGUUGCACCAGAUCUUAUUUAUGUGCUUCAUAGCAAAGGGGGUGAAUACAUAUGCACGCACCACCUUUCCGUUAUUGAUUUCUUCGAAUUUUUUGAAACAAGUUAUUUUUUUAAAUUUCACUUCACCAAUUUGGACUUUUUUGUGUAUGUCCAUUACAUGAAAUCCAAAUAAAAAUCCAUUUUAAUUACAGGUUGUAAUGCAACAAAAUAGGAAAAACGCGAAGGGGGAUGAAUACUUUUGCAAGGCACUGUAAAUGCAGUUGACAGUGAGAGGACGUUUCUUGUUUUGCUGAGUUUAUAAACACUACAUUACACAUAAUCAAUAUUUAACUCUCUCUUCCCCAUGCUCCCUCUAUCCCCGCUCUCUUCUCAGUGAGAUCGGGAAAGAAUGGGAAGUCCCACGUCAUGACACUUCAGAUGACUGAUUACGACAGUAAGAUUCAUUUUGACUUUGCGGCAGAGUCACUGGAAGACCUAUUUGAGUGGUACCAGGUGGCCUGGGACAUCACCCAGAGAGAGAUCACCAAGCAGCACAACAAGAAGUUAGAGGUUAGUAUCAUGAUAUAAUUCCAUAUAACCCACCUGUAUCUAUACGUAAGAGGCUAGUAUGAUAUCAUUAUAUCUACACUUCCCAAAGCUGCACAGCCCAGCGUAUAUUGUGAUGUCAUGCUGAGAGGAAGCUGCUACACAGCCAGGCGUCUUCAGUGAUGUCAUGCUGACAAAUCAAAUCAAAUCAAAUUGUAUUUGUCACGUGCCGAAUACAACAGGUGUAGACCUUACCGUGAAAUGCUUACUUACAAGCCUGUAACCAACAAUGCAGUUUUAAGAAAAUAGAGUUAAGAAAAGAUUUACUAAAUAAACUAAAGUAAAAAAAAUGCUGACAGGAAGCUGCUGUGUGUUUUCUGUCCUCCAGAUCAAGCAGCAGGAGGAGGUGGAGAAGAGUGAAGCGGUUGCCAUGGAGAUGUCUGACCUGGUGGUGUACUGCCAGCCUCGCAGCAAGGAGAAGGACUGCUUUGGUACGAUCCCCAGCCCUACCACCCUUACCACCCACCUGAGGCAUGCAUCCAAUGACAUGCACUGCAAUACACAUUAGAGAUUUCAAAUGUGUUUUUUCAAAUGAAAUUCAACCCACGCUUUACUCGCACUCAUAUUAUUACUACCAGAAUAUGUCACCCUCCACCACAGUCACAUGUAGUAGACUCUCUCCUCUCAGUAUUGUUCUGAUCAAACUUAGUCUGCCCAUUACCAAUCAUGCCCCCACAGUGAACUACUGCUACAAAGAGAUCCGCUCCUUUGUGGAGAACAAGAUCCCAGCCAAGAACAAAACUCCAGACUUCCUGAGGUACAACCGCAAGUCCCUGAGCCGCAUCUACCCCAAGGGCCAACGUGUAGACUCCUCAAACUACGACCCUUACCCUUUGUGGGCCUGGGGCUGCCACAUGGUGGCGCUCAAUUUCCAGACUGCAGGUGGGUUUGUCAAGCAUGUGUUAAAGAUGGAAUGAAAAUCUGUCCAUGUGCCCUUGGUAGAGCAAGGAACCCACAACCCUGGCGUUGUAAGCACCAUGCUCUACCAACUGAGCUACACUAAUUUGCUCCAGAGACUCUGUACUACUAUGGCUGACCUUGUAAAACAACACAUUUCACAGCGCCUAUCCAGUGUAUGUGACAAAAUAAAAAUGUAUAGUAAAAAAAAAUGUGUUCACAGAGAUUAGGAAAGUGCUUGCAAGGUGUCCAAGUGAUGGUUAUGUUUGUUUGUGUCCCCAGAUAAGUACACUCAACUCAACAGUGCCCUCUUCAGCCUUAACGGACAUACAGGCUACGUGCUACAGCCAGAGAUGAUGCGUUCAGACAGCUAUGAUCCACAUCUGGAGAAGAGGAAAGUCAAGUUCACCCUUACUGUCAGGGUAUGGCUCUGUUCAUUGUCCAGAUGUAUUUAUUUACACUGACAUUUCCCUGCUAAUCUUUCAUAUGGUAAACUGGUUACUGUUGAGCACUGAGUCUGUUGUGCUGCCCCCUGUAGGUGAUUGCUGCCAGACACUUGCCUAAGCCAGGCCGUAGCAUCGCCAGCCCUUUUGUAGAGACGGAGCUGUGUGGACACACAGAGGAUAACAAGUUUAAGACCGUCGUCUAUCGUAAGGAGUGGGAGUGGAUAGAAUUACAUUCUUCCCACAAUGCCUUCCAGCUAAUUAAAGAAACUCAGCUUGUGUGUGUUGUUUUAAAGAGGACUUUGUAUUUAUAUAUGUAUGUUGGUAAUGGGGCUUUUUUUAUGUUUGUUCAGGUGACAAUGGGCUGAACCCGGUGUGGAAGGCCCCUCCAGAGCCGGUGACGUUCCCAGUCCAUGAGCCAGAGCUCACCUUCCUGCGCUUUGUGGUGAAUGAGGAGGACAUGUUCUCAGACCCUAACUUCCUGGCUCAGGCUACCUUCCCUGUGAAGGGCAUCCGCUCAGGUAGGACACAUACACAAAUAUGUGGUACAUGAACCCUUAAACCCCUCAUUUACACACUUCUACACUGUUUCAUCUUAGGGUACCGUUCUGUUCCUCUGAAAAAUGGCUUCAAUGAGAGCAUAGAGCUGGCGUCUUUACUGGUCUACAUCGAUGUGCAGCAGGUGGAGGUGAGACACACACACUGCAUGUUGACAGCCUUUGGUGUUAGUUAGUGGUGGUGUUCGUGCAUCUGGAUGGUGAGCCUGUGCCUGUCUGUCAAUCAGAAAGCAGAGGAGGAGCUGUACUCGUCGUCUAACCAACUGCGGAGGAGGCAGGCUGAGCUAAACAACGAGCUCUUCCUGUACGACACCCACACCAGCCUGCAGCGCUCCGCCCCCCCACAGCUCCGUGACGACCUCAUGAGAGAGUUCAGCACCAAUGAGACACAGUUACAGAAGAUUCAAGAUACCUGCAAACAGAAGUAAGCCUGAGUUGUGCUCUAUUCAACUUAUACUAAAAUAAUAAUACAAAAUACACUACCGGUCAAAAGUUUUAGAACACCUACUCAUUCAAGGUUUUUUCUUUAUAUUUACUAUUUUCUACAUUGUAGAAUAAUAGUGAAGACAUCGAAACUAUAAAAGAACACAUAUGGAAUCAUGUAGUAAAAAAAAAGUGUUAAACAAUUCAAAAUAUAUUUUAUAUUUGAGAUUCUUCAAAUAGCCACCCUUUGCCUUGAUGACAGCUUUGCACAUUCUUGGCAUUCUCUCAACCAGCUUCAUGAGGUAGUCACCUGGAAUGCAUUUGAAUUAACAGGUGUGCCUUGUUAAAAGUUCAUUUGUGGAAUUUCUUUCCUUAAUGCGUUUGAGCCAAUCACUUGUGUUGUGACAAGGUAGGGGGGGUAUACAGAAGAUAGCCCUAUUUGGUAAAAGACCAUGUCCAUAUUAUGGCAAGAGCAGCUCAAAUAAGUAAAGAGAAACGACAGUCCAUCAUUACUUUAAGACAUGAAGGUCAGUCAAUACGGAACAUUUCAAGAACUUUGAAAGUUUCUUCAAGUGCAGUCGCAAAAACCGUCAAGCGCUAUGAUGAAACUGGCUCUCAUGAAACUGGCCGCCACAGGAAUGGAAGACCCAGAGUUACCUCUGCUGCUAAAGGAUAAGUUCAUUAGAGUUACCAGCCUCAGAAAUUGCAGCCCAAAUAAAUGCUUCACAGAGUUCAAGUAACAGACACAUCUCAACAUCAACUGUUCAGAGGAGACUGUGUGAAUCAGGCCUUAAUGGUCGAAUUGCUGCAAAGAAACCUCUACUAAAGGACACCAAUAAGAAGAAGAGACUUGCUUGGGCCAAGAACCACAAGCAAUGGACAUUAGACCGGUGGAGAUUUGUCCUUUGGUCUGGAGUCCAAAUUUGAGAUUUUUGGUUCCAACCGCCGUGUCUUUGUGAGAUGCGGUGUGGGUGAACGGAUGAUCUCUGCAUGUGUAUUUCCCACCGUAAAGCAUGGAGGAGGAGGUGUUAUGGUGUGGGGGUGCUUUGCUGGUGACACUGUCUGAUUUAUUUUGAGUUCAAGGCACAGUUAACCAGCAUGGCUACCACAGCAUUCUGCAGCGAUACGCCAUCUGGAUAGUGGGACUAUCAUUUGUUUUUCAACAGGACAAUGACCCAACACACCUCCAGACUGUAUAAGGGCUAUUUUACCAAGGAGAGUGAUGGAGUGCUGCAUCAGAUGACCUGGCCUCCACAAUCCCCCGACCUCAACCAAAUUGAGAUGGUUUGGGAUGAGUCGGACCACAGAGUGAAGGAAAAGCAGCCAACAAGUGCUCAGCAUAUGUGGGAGCUCCUUGAAUAUUGUUGUAAAAGCAUUCCAGGUGAAGCUGGUUGAGAGAAUGCCAAGAGUGUGCAAAGCUGUCAUCAAGGCAAAGGGUGGCUAUUUGAAGAAUCUCAAAUAAAAAAUAUAAUUUGAUUUGUUGAACACUUUUGGUUACUACAUGAUUCCAUAUGUGUUAUUUCAUAGUUUUGAUGCCUUCACUAUUAUUCUACAAUGUAGAAAAUAGUAAAAAAUGUAGAAAACCCUUGAAUGAGUAGGUGUUCUAAAACUUUUGACCGGUAGUGUAAAUGUUACAACAGAAAUGUAAUGAUGAUAAAGGGCAUACAUAAAUUGUAUCUUGUCUGGUCCUUCACUGCUCUGUCCUAGGAUAAAGGAAAAGAAAAUCAACAACAGUAAAUUUUAUUCCUGAGGGCAUCUGACCCUGCGCGGAUGCCUCCCAAACUUCAGUCUUACAAAGCCAUGGCCAAUAGAGAGAAAAUGUGUAAUGUACCUCUGUUUACUGAGAUGUUUUUUUUUCUUAACAUUUGCAUAAUUUUUGGUUUUAAUGAAUAGGUUAUUCAGAUGAACAGUGAAAGGUGUAAUUUGCAGCAUCGUACUGAUCAUUUCAAUUUCUCUGAGGUUUUUGAGGAAUACAAAAGAAAAAUACAUGAAGUCGUGUUACCGGUAUAUUGUUUGUUUCUUAUAUUUUUGUUCUCAACAAAUGUAUUCUUUAACUACUGAUAUAUUGUAGACAUACAGGGCUAUUUGCAGGUGGAACUGUUGCUUAGAGCACCUUUUUUCCCCCAACAUUGGAAUUAUGUUGCUUUGUUAAUCCUUCUGUUUUGUUAGAUUAGAUUUUGUUUUAUAGUUCCUCUGCGUAAUUUCAGUCAAUAAAAUAUUACCUCUUCUGCUGACUA